GUUUAUAUUUCAGAAAUUGUUGAUCCUGUCUAUUGAAAGAUGUCGAAAGAAACUGCAUCAAAGGAUGAGAUGGAGGUGAUUGAAAUUGGGGAUGAGGAGGAAGAGGAAGAAGAGGAGUUAGAAACAAUGGAACAUGAUGGUAAGGAGGAUGAAAAUGAGGAUGACAGCGCUCCAAAUGAAGAGAAGAACGAAGACAAAACUGAUGGAAAUGAACAAAAUGAAGAAGCUUCUAAAGAUCCCCUGAAUCCCACAAAAAGGGAUGGUGAAUUUACAUCAGAAAAUUUUAAAAUUGAACUUCGUGGUUUACCUCGUUACUUCUCUGUGGCACAACUGAAGAAACUCCUGAAUGAGACACUGCAACUGAAGGCUCAUAAAAUUAUACCAGCUGGACCAUACAAAAAUUGGGCUUACAUUAACUUCAGAGAUGAGAAAUCUAAACAAAAAGCUUUAGUCAUUCUGGAUGAGUACCAGUGGAAGAAAUGCACUUUUCAAGUUUCUCCUGCCAGUCCUGCUGAGGAUCCACUUGUAAAGCACAUGAAGAAAGAAGAGGUCAAAGCUAAAAAGAAACCAGAGACUGCUGACCCAGACAGUGGACUCAGCAUUGCAGAGAAAGUUACAAAGAGUGUUACACCGUAUGCUCAUCUGCCAUAUGAAGAACAGCUCAAGAUGAAGCAGAAAGAAGCUCUACAUGUCAUGAGGAAAUUUGGAACUGAAUUAGCUCGUAUCAACCCAGAACUUGUUGACUGGGUUCACUGGCAGAAGUUACGACGACAAGGGCAGGUGUGUGAAGUGGAUGAAAUUGUCCCUUCACCAGUUACACAUGGUUAUCGCAACAAGUGCGAGUUUACAAUAGGUAUCAACCCAGAAAAUAAUCUGCCAACUGUUGGUUUUCGUGUUGCCAGCUACAAGGAAGGCUCCAUUCAUGUUGGUCCAGUUGAUCAUCUCUGCCAUCUUCCUUACCAAAUGAAGAAAAUUGUCUUGGAGUUUGAGAAAUUUGUGAGGGACUCAGAACUUGCUCCGUACAGCCCAGUUUCACAUGAAGGUGUUUGGCGUCAGCUGAAUGUCAGGACAACAAGGAAUAAAGACAUUCUCAUCGUCCCUGUGAUCCAUCCACAAGAAAUGAGUAGAGAGGAACUGGAUGCUCUCAAGAAGAAGAUUGUUGAAUACUUUACUGAAGGACCUGGACAAGUAUUUUGAAAACUUCGAUCUUCUUUCAAAUCAUAUGGACAAAAGAAAAGGGCCAUGCCAACGAGAGAGGAGCUGGGAGCCUGUGAUCUUGAUGCCAGGCCGCUGUUGUGGCAUGACGCCACUUCCACUUGGCAUCAAAAUUGUAAGGAUGUGGCACAAAUGGUGUACUUGCUGACCACUUCCAUUCGUGGUCAGAUGGCGCAAGGUGGACCUGUGGCAUGGGGCGUGGAGGAGCAGGAGUGGAGGCAACACAUGGUUGAGAGGGUGCUGGGCAGUCCUUUGUCUGCCCACCCACUGCACCACGAGGUAAAUACAACUGGUGCAGAAUUGCUCUAUGAUAAAAUUGGAGAGUUGGCAGAACUGGAUGGCACAUCUGCAAUACUGGAUAUCUGCUGUGGUACUGGAACUAUUGGCAUCUCCCUGGCAGAACGAUGUCUGAAAUAUAUGGAAUUGACGGGUUUGUGUAAGUUUUACUUUUCUAUAUUAUUGUUGUGUAGCAUAAGAGGUGUACUUUUUUCAGAUGGCAAUGUAGUGUUUGGCCUUCGCAAGUGUGACAACAUGAAACAUCUUGUGUAUGUGUCUUGUGAUCCCACUGUUGCUUCCAAGAACUUCAUCAACCUAGGAAGGCCACAGAGCAAACAAUACAAGGGAGAAUUCUUCAUACCUUUGAGAGCAAUACCUGUCGACCUGUUCCCUCACACUCCUCACUAUGAAUUGGUUAUACUUUUUGAACGCUGGGAGGAACGAAAGUGGCGCCGGAUAAUGGAAGGCAAUCCACUUCCCCGGGACCAAGAGUACUUCCAGCGCAUUCCUCAGCGACCAAAGGCUGGUCGUGAUUUUUCACAGAGCGUUGCUGAAACCCCUGGAUAUGGUGAAUGGAAGACUGUAACAGCUGAUACCCGCCGUCAGGCCAACCCAAGAUUUCAGCCAUAUCAACAGCCUCGUCCUCCAUUCAAUCAGCCAAAAUAUGAGAUGGGUUAUGAUGAAGAUUAUGAUGAGGAACCCUUUGCUCCAGGUUAUGGUCAUAGGGAUGGUCCCAACCAAGGUUUUGCACAAGGUUUCAGUCAGAAUUAUAAUCAUGGAUUUGAGGAAGAUUUUGAUGAACCUAUUAACAGACCUGGUGCUGCUAGACAAAGUUUUGGUAGAGCAGACUUUGAUAGACCAGGUUACGAGAGACGAGGUUAUGACAGGCCUCUGUUGGAGAGACCACUCUUAGACAGGCCUCUUUUGGACAGACCACUCUUGGAUAGACCACUUUUGAACACUCCAUCUUAUGACAGAUCACCCUAUGGUAGACCAUCUUAUGACAGAUCAGGCUACAAUCGGUUCUUUGACCAAGAUCGAAAGCAAGGCUUCAGAAAAGAUGAUUAUUACCAGUAUUAGGUGCUGAUACACUGAACAUUUAAAUCAUACUACAAGGGUUUUAAAUACUGAAGAUAAAUUUUGGCUGCUUUUGGUUCUUAGAAACCUGUAAGAUGAUUUUUUUUUUUUUUUAAAUUAUAGUCAAGAUACACACACACCAUUCUUUACAGAUAAAUAAACCUUUUAUAUAUUUUAUUUAAGUUUGCACAUUGCCUAGUAGAAUUGAAAUAAUUGUUUAAUUAAUAAGUAUUACACAUUGUAGUCCAUUGUUUUCGAAGUCUUCGGUGUUCAACGUGUGUACACAUAGAAUUUCAUGUUAAGUAGAGAAAUUGCUGUAGAAAAGCAUUACAUAGGUUUGAGAAUUUGUCUGAAAUGUUUGACCCUUAGUUUUUAAAAUAUUAAUGAUUCAGUUUUUCCACACCAGAAUGGUAUUCAAGUCACUGAAAUGGAAUAUUAGUUAGAUUAAUAUAAAUACAGGUGCCUCCUGACUGACAUGUUGCUAAGUAGCAGAGAGAAAAAUGCUCAGUUGGAAAUUUGUUAGCCAUUUUGCAGAAAUAGUAAAUGCUAGUUUAAACAAAAAUUGUAACACCUUAGUCCUGAAGGUGCCACUUUUGAUGUGAAUUCUCUCCUGAUUUUUGUAACAGUGACUUUGCUAUAAAAAAAAAUGCAUCCUACAGUCUGUUUUCAUGACUCCCACUGGCACUUCCAAAAUAUUUUUUACCCAGAAUGUUUAACAGAUGUAGACAAAUGGAAAAAACACUUUAUGUAUUGGUGAAUUAUCACACUGUAGUCAUGCACUGCUGUCAUUUUUAAAAAUAAGUGAUAUGAAAUCUUAAUUACUAAGCUGACAGAGCAAGUGAUAUAUUGAAAAGUCACUUUGUAAAUUACUAAUCCAGUAAAUUAAAGAAAAUUAUGACUCGAAGAAUGGAUGUUUAUUGUACUGUACGUAUUUUAUAAUUCUGUGCAUUAUUUGUAAAAGCAUUAGUAAUAAUGCCCAGGCUUGAUACUUAUUUAAAUUUAAAUGGCAGGUAUUUCUCCCUGACAAAGAAAAUAUUAAGCUCUGGACAAGUCUUGUUCUCAAUUUUUGUUGUAGCCAUGUGAUAAGAUGGUUUAGAUUUUAAUGGUAAAGAUAUUAAAUCAUUGUAUAUACUCUACUCUAGCUACAGCAAACUGAUAUGUAGUAAAUUGUUAAGCAUCAUGGCUUUAAGUGGGACAUCAGUUUUUACCAAAAGAAAAAUAGAUCAUACAAGGAAUGUCUUUCAUUAUUCUUUUUUUUUUUCUUAGGGAAUGCAUUUUUCCUUUUAUUUGCUUAUAUAUAUAGUGUAGAGGGCAGAGUGUUUAAUCAAGGAAUAUGCACUCUUAAUACCCACAUCAGCAAGUUUGAAUUUUUUAUGGUUUCGUGUUAUGUGAAGAUUUGCAUUUAGAGUAAAUUUAGAAAAAAAAUUAAAUAUAAAAUCUUUUACCUUUUGCAGUACUCUUUAGAGUGGCAUCAAGGUUGAAUGAACCUUUGGUAAUGCCAUUGUUGAAUGCAGUAGAUCCAGGUCCAAGCUGCUUUUAUUUAUGAAGGGUAUUAUUAAACUUUAGUUAAAAAAAAAAAUCAGCAAUAGUUAUUUGAUUAAUUCUGAUUAAAGGUUUCACAUAAUGACAGUAAUGAGGAAGAAACAUUACAUAUAAAUGGUCAUUAGUUGUUAAUGUGGAAUUAAUAAUAAAAAUUCUCUUUU